GGUUUGUAUUUUCAUGAUAAAUACCUAUCGUUAUGAUGUUCCAGGAGAAGAAUACGCUCAGAGCACAACAGCAAAAACUACCGUUGCUAGUACCACUGGAGGCUCUACAACAGUAAAAACAACCCCUGCUAGUACCACUGGGGGCUCUACAACAGUAAAAACAACCCCUGCUAGUACCACUGGAGGCUCUACAACAGUAAAGACGACCGUUGCUAGUACCACUGGAGGUUCUACAACUGUAAAGACGACGGUUGCUAGUACCACUGGAGGCUCUACAACAGUAAAGACGACCAAUGCUCAUACUACUCAAAGUACAACAGCCAAAACAACCUCGUUACCCAAGGAGAAAACAACUAUCGUUACUGACAUUGUUGUACCUGAGAUGUCAAGCAUCCUUCUCAUCAUGGAUUGUUCUAAUGCCCAAACGGAUGAUCAACAUAACCAACAAAUCCAAUUUGUUAUGAAACUCAUCCAAAGUUGGACCAACUUUGAAAGAGUUUACAUAACAUGUUUCGGAGAUGGUUUGCUAAAUGAUGAACAUUCUUACGGAACCAUCGUUUCUAAGCUUGACGCUGAAGACAUAAUUGCUCAAGAACCGCGAACACAUGAUUCUCCAAACAUUGAGAGAGUUUUCAAGGAAGCUAGUUUGAUUGAUAAUGACCCACAGUAUGGUGUUCAACACACUAUCCUCUUUUCGUACUCUAGAGGCACGGAUGAAGCACAAGGCUUUGCUGGUGAUUUGAUGGCAAAAGGAUCAACAACGAUAGUUGGGGUAGCACUGGAAGACACAUCUUCAUUAGUCCCUCUCGCAUCACUACAUAGAACCUUCUCCUGGGAUGGUAAAGCUGUUGACGAUGCUCUGAUCCAGAAAAUUAUUGAUAGUCUUCAUUAA